GGGAGGCAGAAGUUUUAAGUUCCACCUGCCCUGAAGUCGCCGCUGCGCCGGCAGCAGGAGGCGGGGGAGGAGGCGGAGGCAGGCGGGGCAGCCGAGGACCCGGCUCUGGCAGGCUCCGAGGGUCCGGCCGGGUUGUAAUUCCCCCCUAAUCCCCGCCACGGCGGCGCUUCCCCGGCCGAGCCAUGUCUGCGGCUUCCCCGCCAUGCCGAGCCUAGCGGGGAGCGGGAGGACUGGCGGCCGGGAGGCGCACAAAAUGAAGACCCUGAUGCGCCACGGGCUGGCCGUCUGCCUGGCGCUCACCACCAUGUGCACCAGCUUGUUGCUCAUGUACGGCGGCAUCGGCGGCAUCGGCGGGGGCCACCCGGAGCCUCGGCGGCAGCGGCAGCAGCAGCAGCAGCAGCAGGUGGCGGCGGUGCCCAGCCGCCCGCCCGAACGCGGCCAGCGCCACCCGGCCCUGCCCGUCGGGGCCGGGCUCCUGGAGGGAUACAUCAGCGUCCUGGAGCACAAGCCGUUGAAGAUGCACUGCAGGAGCUGUGCCUUGGUGACCAGCUCCGGGCACCUGCUGGGGGGCAGGCAGGGGGACAGGAUCGACGAGACCGAGUGCGUCAUCCGCAUGAACGACGCGCCCACCCGGGGCUACGGCAGGGACGUCGGCAACAGGACGAGCCUUCGGGUCAUCGCCCACUCCAGCAUCCAGAGGAUCCUGCGGAACCGCAACGAGCUCCUCAACACGAGCCACGGCGCCGUGUUCAUCUUCUGGGGGCCGAGCAGCUACAUGCGGCGGGACGGGAAGGGCCUGGUGUACAACAACCUGCAGCUCAUCAACCAGAUCCUGCCCCAGCUGAAAGCCUACAUGAUCUCCCGCCACAAGAUGCUCCAGUUCGACGACCUGUUCAAGCGGGAAACCGGGAAGGACAGGAAGAUAUCCAACACUUGGCUCAGCACGGGCUGGUUCACGAUGGCUAUCGCGUUAGAGCUCUGUGACAGGAUAAAUGUUUAUGGCAUGGUGCCACCGGAUUUCUGCAGGGAUCCUAACCAUCUCUCAGUACCUUACCACUAUUACGAGCCUCUGGGACCCGACGAGUGCACGAUGUACCUCUCCCACGAGCGGGGCCGCAAGGGGAGCCACCACCGGUUCAUCACGGAGAAACGCGUCUUCGAGAGCUGGGCACGGACAUUCGACAUCCACUUCUUCCAGCCAGACUGGAAACCAGAGCCACGCGCUGGGAACCGCCCCCAGGCCAAACCCCUGGUGUGAAAGGGGAGGUUAUCAACGCACAGUCACAGUCACCUUCUGUGCCAGCCUUUGGAGCUCCUGGGGCAGCACUGCAGCCCGGGGGGACAGGGGGAACAGGGUCUGCAG